GAGAUGGAAGUCAAAACACCAUAUAGCAAAGCCAGUAGGAUUCCUGAAACUGUAUCCCCAUUAAUUAAUGAAGAAUUUGUCCUGGUUAAUCAGCAAUCUGAGGACACCUCUGGAAAAGAUGAAAACCCUCAGCUAAAGGUAUUUUCAAAUGGAGAUGAUCAGCUGGAGAAGGCAAUGGAAGAGAUACUUAAGGAUUCUGAAAAAGAUCAAAACGCUUUCAGUGCUCUCCGAGAAGGUUCCAGUGAUGCAAGCAGCCAGGCAGCUGCAGAUGGGUCAGAAGGUCAAACAAAUCAGCCAUCCUUGCACCUUGUUUUAGACCCUUCUACUACAGAAAUCUCUGCACUAAGGCCGUCUUCCCCCAGCAAACCCCUGGAAGAGGACAGCGUAUUGUUUAACAAACUGACUUACUUAGGGUGCACAAAGGUGUCUGCCCCUCGGAAUGAACCGGAAGCUUUACAUGCCAUGGCAAGCAUGAAAUCCUCAAGUCAGGCCCCUUUAUCUGUAACGCUUUAUGUUCCAAACAUUCCAGAAGGCUCUGUAAGAAUAAUAGAUCAGUCGAGCAAUGUGGAGAUAGCCUCUUUUCCAAUUUACAAGGUGUUGUUUUGUGUGCGUGGACAAAAUGGAACUUCAGAGAGUGACUGUUUUGCGUUCACAGAAAGCAGCUGUGGAACAGAAGAGUUCCAGAUUCAUGUUUUCUCCUGUGAGAUUAAAGAGGCAGUCAGCCGAAUUUUAUAUAGUUUCUCAACAGCAUUUAAACGUUCUUCCAAACAAGCAUCUGAUCAUGUUAAGGAUUUUGUUCUUCCUACUCCAGACAGUGAUGUGUACACUUUCAGUGUUUCCUUAGAAGUCAAAGAAGAUGAUGGAAAAGGAAAUUUUAGUCCUGUACCGAAGGACAGAGAGAAAUUAUAUUUCAAGCUUAAACAAGGAGUUGAGAAGAAAGUGGUGAUUACAGUUCAGCAACUCUCAAAUAAAGAAUUGGCCAUUGAAAGGUAA